AUGAGUGAAAGCGAUCAAGAAAAGGUAAGUGCUAGGGUGAAGGUUCUAGUAAAAAUAACAAAUUUCCAGGCCGCUCGUGAGCGUGCCAUGCGGGAGAUGCGGAUUGCUGAACAACAACAACCAACAAGGCCAAGGCGUGGACCUAGAACACCGGAAGGCGACCCGGACGAUGAACGACCGAGCUCCUCCACCUCUACUAUUAGCAGUGAUUCGUCAAUCGCCGCAGCGCACUCAAAUUUGACAAUAUGGGGGCCCUUCUAUUACAGGUUUUACGGUAAUUCCGAAUUUAACAAAUUCUAUAGCUUUAGAAGGCAGAAUUUUAAGUUCUCUGAAAAUCCAUUUAUUGAUAGAAAUCUGGAUCAAAAUCUUCUUUUGUUGUUCAUCGUAGAAUUAUUAUUAAUUUUCAAUUCCAGACACCGACCGGCUCGUCGUGGUCCCGGAACUCCUCCACUACCACCACCAUCGGAUACGGCCUUCUAUGAACAACAUUUUAUGCAUCACUACGCAGCAUACGGAUAUCCGUAUCCUCCUGGAACACCUGGCGCACAUGUACUCGCUUCCUACCCCUACUACCAACAGCAAUACUACCAGUACGGCCUUCCUCCACCACCAGCGCCACCAACCCAACCAUUCGCCCACCAAGUGCCCGUCGCCAUUCCACCGCCACCACAACCGCCACGUCUCGACACAAAUGUUCCACCACCACCACCAAAACCCGCGGACUCUCAGAGAACCAUGGUAUGGGGACCAGCCGUUCAGCCAGCAUCAUCUUCUCCCCUCCCACCAGUAUCUGUACUCUCACACGGUGUUACCCCGAUUCUGAAGUUGUCGCCAAAUUCGAUAACAGGAAGUUCGGGAUUCAUAGAGAAUGCGUCGUUUGCCUUCGAAGCCGCCGAGCCUGCUCUCGCUACUCCUAAACCGCCCAAGAAGCAUGUCACUGUUGAGGCACCGUCUGAUAUACUCUCAGGAGCACAUCGGACUACUGUGUCUAGUAGUAAGAAGACUGAAAGAUCGCAGUUACGUAAUGUUCCAACUUCUCUGCCUAGCGAUGUACCAACCUCUUCCCAUCAUCAAUCGACACCACCCGCUAGAUACAGGGACGUAUCGCCUCCGAUGAUUCAAGACGCUUCGUUCUCCGAGAUGCUCAACCCGAAACCUCAAUACAUUCGGCCACAGCGUACCUUCACACCUACUCACUCUCCAGAAGAAGAAGAACGACGACGACGGCAAAUGGAAGAGGAAAGGAUGGAAGAGGAACUGCUGCGGAUGCGAGAGGCCGAGGAGGAAGAGGAGAGGGCGAGAAAGAGAGAGUUGAGGGAAAGAGAGGAGGAAUAUAGACGAAUGGAAAUGGAGAGGAAGGCGGAGGAAGAGAAAGAGACGAUGAAAGAUGAGGAUGAAGAGAAGGUACUGGAAACUCCAGCGCUAGAGAUUCGUGAAUUGCCCUGCGAGUUUUUUAUAACUUCUCAUCUUCCUAUGAAUGCUCAGCAGACUGGAACUUCUGCUGAGAAGAGCACAGAGGCUCUAGAAGACGUUAAGUCAGAAGAAAAGGCUCCGGAAGAGACAAUCUCGAAACCAUCAGUAGCUUCCAAGUCUACUGAAACGUCUCAAGAAACAACAAUAAGCCCAGCUCCUAUCCUGAAAGUUCCACCGAAGCCAAAGCCGAUCUACACCGCACAACGAUCGCUGAGCAUUCCAUCCAAGAAGGCUGCUCCCACACCAACCACCCCCAUAUCGACUCUGAGAGCUAGAAUGGAAGCGGUGCGGAACAAGAAGGUUGAAAUGUUGAGGAAUCCGGAUAAGGCUACACCGAAGCCGAUCAUGUCUUUGGAGAGUGUGAAGAAGGAGGAGAAGCAUCCGGAGACGUCGAAUGGUUACCAUAAGAAUGGGACAGUUGAAAUGAAUGGGUUCAGCAGCAAACCUGAGACGUCGAAUGGUUAUAAUAAGGAAUAUCAUAAGCGUCGGGAUGAAUCUAAUGGGCAUCAAGAGCGGAAGAAGGAUCACUAUGAGGCGAGUGAGCGAAAGCAUCGUGAGGAACGCAGACGAGAAGAAGAGAGACAAAGAGAGGAAGAACGAAGAAGAGAGAAAGAUCGCAAGAAGAAGUACGACGAAGAUCGGAAGCAUCGUGAGCGCUCUGAGAAGCACCGAGACACCGAGAAAAGCAGAAAGCAUAGAUCACCAUCGCCAAAGUGUGAAGAAAAGCCCCCUGUCCAGCAACCAGUCAAUGCCGAUGAACCCCAUGUAUCGUUAGACGACUCUGCAGACCGUCUGGUUGUUGAAUCCCUCGUCGCACUUUCCAGCCACAGAGACACAAACACUCCAGACAACAUGGACUCAUCGUUCUACUCCGAGGAGCCGACACCAGUGAAGAAUCAAGAGCCAUUCAUGGUGUUUGACAAGCUGAAGGCUAAGAUUCGUGACGACGCUGUCAACAUGGAACAGGACAAGUCGUUUGGUUUAUUGCCACCUGCCGAGCCUUGUCUUGUCUACUCACUUCACACGCAUCCAGAGCCUAUCCAGAUUCCAGCGCCAGUGAUGGAAGAAGAGUUGAAGCCCGCACCAUUUGAAGAGGAACCGGUUCAAGAGGAGGUCGUCGAGCAAGAAGAAUUAAUUGUCGAGCAGCAACCAGAACCUACCGAGAUGGCUCCACAGGAAAGAGUACAAGAAGGAGCUGAUGACGAGCAACGCGGCGUGCGUGAGGAUUCUGUUGAGAUUGAUGUGUGUGCCGACUAUGUGAACCCGGCACUUACCUUAGAUGACUGGCAACCAAACUACGACGGUUUCCAACCAAUUUGUCAAUGGGAUACGGACGGUCAGAGGCGUGGUACUCCGGAUUAUGAUGAUGAAGAAUCAGUGGUAGAGCACCAGGCGCAGCCAGUGAUGCAGCCAGUCUUGGAGGAAAAUGUUGAAGCCGUGGAACCAGUUGUCCAGGAAGUAGUUACCUUUGCGCCAGAACAUAAUUACGAACCAGUGGCACCGAAACCCAUCGUACCAGUGGCUGAAUCAGAUCCUCCAGUUGUACUUGAGCCAGUUGCCCCAGCGGAAACAGAACCCCAACUUGAAUCUCAAUCGACCGCUAUCGAUGAGACUAUCGCCGCUGUCGCCGCUGCGGCAGCAAUCAUUUCCGCGAGAACCGCCCAGGCUAGAAGUCAUCGAUCGCCAUCGGUAGCGUCCGGAGGCGCUCCAGAAAACAACAGGGAUCAUAGAAGUCCGUCGAUUCCUUAUCAGAAUGGAACUCGCCAAAAUGGUCACACACGCUCCCCAUCGAUUGCUCCGACAUCUGUGCAAGACAAACCAAUGAGGCGUCCACUCCCAGGAGACCAAAGCGACCAUGAUGAUGAUAAGCCAGGACCAUCUCAACCACCAAAGAAGGACGUUCCACGUGUCAUCACAAAAGCCGCUUUGAAACAAGGCGUUCUACAGACUCCACCACCACAACGAAGAAUGCGUCAACUCGACUCGACACCAGAUCCUGAAGAGGAUGAAAUCGUUGCCAAACCUCCACCACGACCGCCGCCGAAACUUGGUCCAGUGGCUCGAGUUAUAGCUCACGCUCGAGCGGGAUCCCUGCAACCAGAUGCUUCCGACGAUCGUCGUGAUGCUCGACGUGGCCUUCCGUACCGACCACCAUCACCUGUCCGUGGAAGUGGGCGUGGACGCGGACGAGGUCGUCCUCCAGGAACAACAACUUCAUCUCGAGGCUCUGCCGUUGUCAGUACUCGUGGAAGAGGACGUGGACGUGGAGCCGCAGCAGCAGCAGCUAUUCAACCACCGCGACCACUUCAAGAGAUCAACCUGAAUCAAGACGAGGAGAUCAGAAAUCGGAGAUCUGUAUCAGUGGCACGCGAAGUUGCUCCUGCUUCGGAUCACGGAUUGAGUGCAAUUAUGCGUCGACUGAUAGGUCUUGAGCAACAGGCAUCUGAUAGUAAUAGGAAGCGAGUCAUCGCAACGGAAAAUGGAGGCACGUUCGUAGCGCCAGUUCCACCGAAACGAAUCAAAACGGAAGACAGCCGCAACAAUCCGGUGAUGCAAGAACUUCACAGAAUUCGCGACUCGAUUGUCGGUGAGAUUGACGUGGGAGAUCAGCUUAAUGAGGAGGGUGAAACGACGCUUGAAGGAAUCUGCUACCCGAAGAAAGAGAAAAAAGAGCCAUCGAGUUCAAGUGAUGAUCGUUCCGGAAAUUCCGCCGCCGAUGAUAUAAUCCAUGUGGAUUCUCGUUCGGCUGUUCUGGCGAAGAUGGCGUGUCGUGCGAAGGAAGAGGAUCCGAGUAGUAUUUCGAUGACAACACUGUCAGCUAUGAAGCUCGUGGAGAAGGAGAUGGCGGAGCGUGAGGCUCACAAAGGAAUGCGUGUCAUAAAGCCCGAAUUUUUGUGGUCCAAAAUGGCCGCAAAAGGAGUCACUUGGUCAUCGCCGGCAACAGAAAGAAAUUUGAAUCUUAUCGCUCAGAAUUGCGAUGUUCCGAAGAUUUCGGAGAAGUUCCGCCCUCACAUUCGCAUUACCAAGCAUCCGAACGGUGGAGGCUUCAUGCUCUUUGCCGACUAUCACCUUUUCAAGAAAGACUUCCCCGAUUAUGAUGAUCGCGUCGCAUUCUGUCGUCAAUUCCAGCGACUCUCGAUGGUCGAGAGCGAACAGGGAACAGCGCAAUUUUGUAUUGCCAACAUGGAAAACGGUGCUGAGGAUUUGAGAAAUAUGAUGGAGUUUCUGUAUGAAGUGGCACCGGAGCUUAAUAUCAAAUGUGGAAACUUCAAUGCAGGAAUUCUUAACACACAGACGAAGAAAUUUUCAGAGUAUUAUGAGAAAGUUUUGGAGAAUUAUGACUCUGGAACGUUCAAAUGGAGUCCAUUGGAAGCCGUUCAACUGGUUGGAAAGAAGGCCGAAGAGAGCGGUGGCUACUUCCCUGAUCUAAUCUAUGAAAUGGAAAAACACGCCUUCCUCAAUUCAAUCCUUCCAUGGGGAAACUUCACCACUCGAGCCAACACAGCCCAUCGCGACUCAAACGAUGGUCCGAUCCUUUGGGUUCGUCCUGGCGAGCAGACGGUGCCAACCAGCAACUCCGGAACCACUUCAUUGCGAGCUGCCGGUAAUCGUGAAAUUGAAUUCCUGGAUCGUACACCAGCACAUGCCGAUCAGGCUGACGAUCCGGAGGCUACUCGGAUAACGACAGGUGCCAUUGGAAUUCUUCAAGGAAUACCGGGAAAACAAGCCGACUAUCCAGAAGAGCGACGUGUGAUGAAAGAAGUCGUGUCGUUCUUCGCUGGGGACAUUGAAGAGGUUGUCAAAACUCUCAAGAUAGAUCUGUUCGAGCCUCCAGCUACUCAGACCACGAUGUGGGUAGACGACGCAAAACUGAACACAAUGCGCCGCUCUGGCAUCAGAUAUGCGAAAUUCGAGCUUCGCGAAAACGAUCUCUACUUCAUUCCUCGAAAAGUUGUCCAUCAAUUCCGUACGGUAUCCGCAUGCGUCUCGCUUGCAUGGCAUGUACGUCUUCAACACUACUAUAACAAUGAUCAAAACUAUGAAGCGACAGUCCAUGAGACAAUCAAACGAUACGAUGCUGAGUUCGAUUCAGAAGGACCCUCCCCGGUGAGAGAGCCACGGGUCAGAAGAUAA